AUGGGUGCCGCGCUGGAUGCGUACCUGUGGACAGAAAGGCUCCAGUUACUUUCUGGCAAUGCUCUCGGCGCACCGCUGACAGAAUGGCAACAGCAGGUCUUUAACGAGGUCGCCAAGAGCGCAGCUGUGCAGUCGAAGGCUGCAGAGCCAGAGCUCUUGGCCCUUUUCGAUGCAGAAGAUUUUCGUGCGAACCUUUCCGCUUGCUGCCCAUCAAUUGCAAAAAUGUCGGCCACAGAGCUCAUGGACAGACUUUCCAAGCAGUUUGAGGUGGCCGAAGUGGCAUCUGGCUUUCCUGCAUUUCAAGAUCCUGCCGAGCUGUUUCCGGAUUCUGCGGGAAUGUCUAUCGACUUCGGAAUGAAUGGCACAUUCUUCCUGACUGACUGGCAGGCGAUCUUGAUGCACUCCACCGUGGAUCCGGAGAAAGUGUGGCAUGGUCUCGUGGCUACGUACCAGGCAUUCCAUGUCAACUCCUCGAGGGGAACAGUGAUUAUGGAGCAGUGGCUUGGUGGAUGCACUGGCAACAAGAGUCAGCCUGUCGAGAUGCUGUUGUCAACAUGCUAUUUGCAGCCUCAUUCCUUCAAAGGUCAGGACAGGAUUGUGCGCUACGACUACGAGCAAGGCAAAGGUCAGAUCAAUUCUUCCUUCUGGCUGGCUCCGAAGAGUUCGAAAGUCGUCGGUGGCUGGCGCAGCCCAUCUUUGGAACUCGACCUUGGGAUGCAGAAAGUGGACUGCCCGAAACGCCCAGCGUUUGCUAUCUCGGCGUAUGUUGCAGACGGCCAGUGCCACACACAUGCCGUCCAGAACAACUCGCAAGAAUUCGGCUACCAAGAUCAUGCAGAGACCUACGAGUAUGGCUUGAAGCCAUUUAAGUCCCGCGGGGCACCAUCGACUCUUGCUGAAGCUGCCGAGCGCCCGGUCUAUUCCUUGGUUAAUCUGAACAUGAUUGACAUGGGAAGUCCCAUUUAUGGUGACGUUUCUGCCAUUUUCUCAAACAAGUACAUCGCAGACAGCACACUGCUAUCUCCAAUCGACAGUGGUAUGUAUGAGAUGGACUGCAUUGACAAGGAGGACUUUGAAUGGACGCCGCCGCACAACUGCAGUGCUGUAACAGCCUUCAAGCAUCUGGGUACCCUCCAGCACAGCAAGCACCUUUGGUUGAUCAACAAGGGAUUCUGGAAUCGUCUUGGUCUCCUACACACCACUUUGACAAGGAUGGAGACUCCCUGGGGACGUCAUCCCGUGCCAGCCGGCGCUUUCCUGAACUACUUCGAGGGCGCCCUCCUAGGUCAAUUGCAGUUCCCGACAGCAAUUCGGUUCCUCAUCGGUUGUUUUCCAGCGCUCUUCGGCACUGACUUGGGAGUGAAGCUGCAAACUUGGGCGAGGAGCCGCGGUUGGGUCUUGAUUUGGGCACUUGGCCCGAAUGAAAAGGCCAUUGUGGGAGAAACUUCAGACUUCAAUUUCGACCUGAUGGCGGGGACCUUGUCGUUCGAACUCAACAAGCGCUUGAUUGAUCCGCUUGUCUUGUCUGAGACGACGGCUGCUGCAAGCUUAUCCCUGGGCUCCAAUGCAACAGACAAGUUUAACCAGAUGUGGGUGGAGGUUGCCCACCUGCGGAACACAACGAACGUGACCAAUGCGACCAUGGUGCAGAAAAUGCAGGAAAUUGGCACGCUUCUUCCACAGCUUCCUAUUCGUCCUCUAAUGCCUGGGGACUGCGACGAGAAGCUGAAGAGCGCCGAGUGCGUCGGCAUGACGCUGCAGGGCAGCUGCCUGUGCUACGCCAGUGUGGACCCCCACAUGCAGGCUGUCGAAGUUUGUGAGAAGCUUGUUUUCACCCAGGUGCACAGUGUACAGUUUGCGCAACGAAGUGAAGAGGCGAACGAGUUCAGCCUCGAGCUGAAGAAGCUGCGUGGCAACUUGCAGGACUUUGCGUCAGCUGCCCAGCAGCGCAUUGCGGAAGAGGUCUCGCACCUGACUAGCGAGAUGAUGGCUAUCCGCGAUGGCAUUUCGAGCGAGUUACAGGUGCUUCGCGAAACACAAGCAUCAGACACCACGAAGCUGCGAGACUUUGUGGAUGCGAGCAGCUGGAAGCUGCGUGAUCAGCAAUCGGCAGAGACAGGAAAGCUGAAGGAAGGCUUCCAGAGUGAGAUGAAGUCUCUACGAGAUGAGCUUUCUCGAGCUGCUUCUUUUCGCUCGGAGUUCUCCACAAUUCGCUCGGCCUGGGAUUGCAGUCUUGGGACUCUGCGCUCCGAGCUGAGCGCUGUUCGAAAAGACCUCGACAGCUUCAAGUCCGAGAGCAGCAGCAUGGAUGGUGCUUUGCGUUCCGAUCUAGACACCCACCGAAGUGAGUUCGGCACUUUGCGCUCUGAGUUGAAUCCAGUGCGCUCGGACAUCACAUCGUUGCGGAGUGAGUUGGACUCGUGCCGUGCCGACAUCACUACAACGCGAACAGAAUUGGGUUCGCAGGGCACGGACUUGAAGACACUCCGGACAGACCUCGGGUCAAUCCGCACCGACCUCGGGUCGCUCCGCACGGACUUCAGCUCUCAACGAACAGACCUCGGGAACAGCCUGAACGGCCUGCGUGGUGACCUGAAUUCCUUCAGAUCGGAUGUGGCCUCAUGGCGCUCGGACAUGGAAAGCCAUGUCCAGGACAUUGCAGUUCUGAAAGUGGAGACCGAGUCGAGCCGCAGCUUGAUCAAGUCCGUCCAGUCCAGCGCGGAGCAACAUGCCACUGACUUGAGCUCGUUGCGCUCGGAGAUUGACCUCGCACGCUCCAGCAUUGCGGCCCAAAGGUCUGAGCAGGAGUCCCAACACUCAGAGGUGAAAUCGUUGCGAUCGGAGCUCACCCAAUCGUUGCGAUCGGUCAGGAAGGACCACGCCGACCUGCGUAGUGAGAUGCACAAAGAUGUGGCAGAGCUGCGGAAGGAGGCCAUACAGGGACUCUCCGAGAAGCAGGAUGCCAUUGACGACUUUGUCAAGGAUGUGACUGGCCUCCGUGGUCAUGUCAGCGACUUGAGAAAGGAGCUUUCCUCCACACAGGGGCAGCUGAACGACGUGCGCAAGGAGCUUUCCUCAUCACAGGGCCAGCUAGGUGACGUGCGGAAGGAGAUGUCGUCUACGCAGGGGCAGCUCGCUGACACACGCAAGGACGUUUCGGCCACGCAGGCACAAGUCAACGACUUGAAGAAGGACGGAGCUUCAUCCAGAAGUCAGGUCACUGACCUACUCAAGGAGUUGCGCUUGCUGCAGAGUCAGCAAAGCGAAUUUGCGAAGGCACAGGAUCUAGCCACUGCUCAGGGCAUGGUGAAGGACUUGCGGCAGGACUUGAGUGCAACCCAGGGGCACAUCACCAGCCUGCAGAAGGAGACUGUGUCCAUAAAGACCGACCUCGUGUCCACCAAGGGCGACGUCACGAAUGUGUCCAAGGAGACUCUGUCCAACAAGAACGACCUCUCGUCCUUGAAGAACAACCUCAACGACAUCUCAAAGGAUGUGAAGGAGUUGCAGGGCACAGACAGAAACUUCCGAGACAAGAGCCCACCUGAGCAAGUUGCAGCAGGACAGCAUCGAGGGGGUGCCGAGGUUGCAGCCCCGCAGGAGCUCGUGCAGUCGCAGACGGAGCUCGUUCAGUCGCAGACGCGCCUCCACACCUUGGAGAAGGAGAUCGCAACAACGACACAGCUGACGAGCUCGCUCCAGCAGGAGUCGCGAAAGUCUUCUGAGGAGUUGGUGGCCGUUCAGUCUUUGGCGACUGAUUUGAAGAGCUCUGUUCAUGAUUUGCAGAGCUCGGCGAAUCAUUCGCGGCAGGGCAUUGAUGCCACAAACAGCUCACUAGAUGAUCUCCGCAAGGAGCUGCCAGAGUUUCACGGUGCUCUGAGUCAUUUCAGACAGGAAGUUGCCGAGAAGGGCAGCCAGUCGGACAUGUUGCAUCAGGCCUUACAAGCGGAGCUGGAGCAACUCCGCAGUCAGGCAGCUGAGGUGAGAAAGGAUCUCACCACUUUCUUCCAGAUGGAGCUGGCCGGUGUGCGGAAGGACUUGGGUCAGCAAGGAGAAGAUCUGCAAGGCGCUUUGGUUUCCAUGCAGGUCAGAAUAAAAGAGGAAGCUGCUGCCGAAAUCAGGAAGCUGCAGAGUGAUGCCAGUGCUGCGCAUCGAGAGGUUACCAGCAUGGUCCAGCAGACGGCGCAAAAGCUCAAGGACGAGGCUGGACAAAUGUCCUCGGCACUGCAGGCAGCACAAGAGGACGCUGCUGACCUGCGAUGCGAGGUGCACGAGGCCUGCAGCGCCAUCGAAGACCAGCGACGGGAGGUGGGGGCCGGUGCCAAGAGGGCAAAGAGUAUGAUCAUGCUGGCGUGCUGA